AUGCCAGAAAACAUGGAUUCCAAGUCCUUGACGUUUCCAGAUUUCCUUGAUUCUGAUUUUGUGGAGCUUCAUGCCGACGAUGACGACGAAGCGCCCAAAAUUCACAGAAAACUGCUGCAAGCCAAAUUCAACGGACUAGCCGACAAACUGAAGGAGCGAUCAGAAAACACAUCCGGAAACCACAUAUUGCAAGCGAACAAGGCAGCUCUCACCUGUAUUCCACUCAUGUCCGUGGAGCCACCGAAAAAGAAGGCCAAGGUCAAAAGUGACGCCCAGCCAGCCUCUGAAGACAUUGUGAAGACUCAGGAUGUCUCUCGCACCCACCUGCUGGUCGCGCAUAUGAACAUCCUUGCCUUCACAUGGCCCUACAAGAACAUAACACUUUAA